AUGGUUGAAUGCACUCGUUUUUGAUGAAAGCGUCAGCUAAAUGACAUGUAAUGUAAGUGCUAAUAAAGGGCUACUGAGUCCAGGUGUCGUGUGUAGCGGUGUGUUUUUAGUUGUACAAGCUUUCUGCUGUGCUGAUGUCAUUCGGGGAGUUAUUUCCACUAUUUGAGAAGCAGGACAUCAAACCGUUUGCAUGUAGUAGAUGUUUAUCUCUAUAUGAGAGAGCAGUAGUACAUUGAUGGAGAUACAAUGUUUGUAUUAGACAUGUAUACUUAACAUGUGUUUUACUUUCACUGUAGUGAUGCUCUGGACGUUACGUAUGUGGAGAACAAGUUUAGAGUUUCCAGAACAAAACAGAUAUGAAUAAUAUUGUACAAUGAAGUGUUCUGUUCUGGUAACAUGAUACUUUUGACAUUAUCAUGUACUAAUGUUUCAAUCUGUAACCGUGCAGAUAUCAGCAUAUUUUUGUAGAAGGACACUUGUUUCAACAGAAGAUGAAGGAGAUCUUCAUCACGUGCAUAAAUCAACAGAUCAGACCUCGUCCUCCUUUUGUCAUAAUAAAGUAAUAGAGUUGAAUAGAAGCGUUUCGUUGGUGUUUACUGAACGGGUCACUGACCCUGGUCGCACAUCCGAGGCUCGAACCCAGAGUUGACUGAUUAACCCGUGACGUCACGUGGAGGUCUUCGGGACACUCGUCGCUCAGCAUGAGGAGCGCGUGGAUGCUGCGGCAGCUCGCUCUUCGUCCCCGCGCGGCGGUGGGCGUCGUGGGAGCACCUUUCUCCAGGGGACAGCCUCGCGGGGGCGUGGAGGGGGGGCCGGACCUGAUCAGAGCCGCGGGGCUCCUGGACCGACUGAACCAGCAAGGCUGUGAAGUGAAGGAUUAUGGGAAUGUGGCGUUCGAGGACGUGGUGGUGGACGAGCCGAUUGGUCGGGUGAAGUGCGUGCGCGCUGUGGGCGGAGCCAACCAGAGGCUGUCAGAGGUGGUGCAAGCGGUGAAGAGGGACGGACGCACGUCAGUGAUGCUGGGAGGAGACCACAGCCUGGCCAUCGGCUCUGUGCACGGCCACGCGGCGGCGGUGGGGGGCGUGGCCGUCGUGUGGGUCGACGCCCACGCCGACGUCAACACGCCGCUAAGCUCGCACACGGGGAACCUCCAUGGCCAGCCGAUGUCCUUCCUGCUGCACGAGCUGCAGCACGAGAUUCCCGUCCUGCCGAACUUCUCGUGGAUCAAGCCGUGUGUUUGGGCCAAAGACCUGGUCUACGUGGGUCUGAGGGACCUGGAUCCAGCAGAGCACUACAUCCUGAAGCUUCUGGGCGUGAAGGUGUUCUCCAUGACGGACGUGGAUCAUCUGGGGGUCGCCAGAGUCAUGGAGGAGACCUGCGAGUACCUGUGUGCCAGAGUGAAAAAACCAAUCCACCUGAGCUACGACAUCGACGCCAUCGACCCCUCAGUUGCUCCGGCGACGGGGACUCCUGUAGUGGGAGGACUGACCUACAGAGAGGGAGUGUACAUCGCCGAACAGCUGAGUCAGACAGGUCUCCUCUCGGCGGUGGACCUGGUGGAGGUGAAUCCUCUGAGGGGUCAGACGGAAAAGGAGGUCCAGGCCACGGUCGGAACAGCGGUGGACCUUUUGCUCGCCUGCUUCGGACGCCUGCGCAGCGGAAACCACCCUCCGGGUUUCCGCCUGCCCGAGUCCCCCGGAGGAGGGCUGAUGGCCUCUCCGACUGCCCCAACCGUCUGAAAGCCUGAAGGCCAGAAGGCCUCCAAAGACCUGAAGGCCUCCCGUCGGAAACGGACAAACCAAAGUAGAUGACGAAGAAGACAAAGAUGUUCCUGAUUUCAACGUUAAACACAAAUCCUGUUCAUUGAUCUACUGUAUCAAUAAUCCUUUUAUUAAUUAUUUCAUCCUUAAAAUGUCAGAAGACAUGUAAUAAUCUUUUGAUAAUUGACAUUUGUUGAGUGAUUAGGAAGUGAUUGAUCAUCCAUGAGUGUAAUUAAGUGUAAGUUCUUAAAAAAUGAAUUUGAAAUAAUGUUUUAUGUUGCUAAAAUGUAAUUAAACACAUUUUAAUCUAACAGUGCCAAAAUCUCUAGUUUUAAAAAUUAGUUUAAAUAACAGCUAACAAGCAGAUGUCAGCUGGUGGAGACAGUCGGGACUUUAUAUUAUUUGUGUCUGAAUUUUUUUAAUAAUAAAGACAAAAAUCACCUCGAAUGAGCUUCAGAAGAACUUCUGAAAUUGAGGCACUUUUGUUGAAUUUUGUCAUUGCUGUUGGAAACAUGUUGAUUGCCUCGUAUAGAUACACGGAGAUGUGCAGCAAUAUCCGCUUACAGACUUUUUCCGUUUGCAGGAGAACUUUAUUUUGAGAAGAAAUGGAUUUAACCUCCUCUUGUCUUUCUUGCGUCUCCAUGACAACCAAAGGUUCAGCCAAUAAACACGAAUCAUCUUUUA